UGUUAUUUUUUCAUUGUGACAAUGUCGGCAGUAGGUUUUUCGUCGCAGCGCACUGUCCACGUACCCGGAGUCGGUGUGUCGUCGUAGCUUUCCCAGUAGCACAUCCGCGCCGGGACCGACCCUGCGACUGAAUGUCGAAAUGGUGUUCAGUAAAAACAUCGCCCGCGCCAGCUGCGCCGAUAUCUUACACCCGUGGACCCAGAACUGUUCGCUCGCGCACCGCACCAUGAUGCGCACGUCUUUACUCGGCAGCAGCAAGCUGUUAGUGCCGUUAAUUUUGGUCGAUUAUCUGCUAAAAUUGCGAAAAAAAAAGGGAUUCAACAAGGAUAUCACCAGAGAGACUAUUAUCAACAUUAUUCGAUCCUUAACCAUGGGCAUGUGUAUAACGACAUCGUUUCUGAUUUAUAGCUGCACGCUCAGGAAUCUACUGGGUAGAUUUACGCACCCCACGAUAGUGUUUAUCCCGGGGUUUUUGUCCGGGCUAUCGUACGUCAUACUUCAGCCGAAAAUGAAAGUUCAAAUUUUCACAGCGCUAUGCAACGCAGUGAGUCAUCAAUAUAGUGCACUCGAAUCGGUCGUACUGAGGACGUCACGAUCCGGACUGUUGUGCCUCAACAUUUACAUCGAAACGUUAUUUUUUAUGAUAACCAACGCCUGUCUGAUGUACGCGGUGAAAACAUCCAAGUUCGAAAAUCCCAAGUACACAUGGUUUUUCAAACCGGACAAAUGUCAGCAGACAGAUAAAGAGCAAGUGUUUUUGAAAACAAUAUUCAAGAAAACAAUCAAUUAUUUCGGUCUGGGUCUGAGUUUUGGGAUUUUGCGCAUGCUGAUCAAAGAUGUUUCCAUUUUGGCACCGAGAAACAUUCACAAAAUGUUCGACAUGAGUACGCUAAGAUCAGGUAUUUUUACCGGUUCGUACGUUGCCGUUUAUGAGUUCACCAUCUAUAUCCUGAACCGAUAUUUCCAAAAAGAUCAGUCCAUUCACGCUUUGCCGGCCGGUUUCUUAGCCGGGUUAUCGUACGCGAUUAGUCCGAGUCUAACGAUUAAUCUCUCCGCGUUUAUCAAUUUAAUUCAGAUCAUGUACAAUCGCAUUGACGUAGUAUCGUUCAGACAUAUACCAAUGGAUACGAUCGUUUUUUGUCUGUCUGUUGGUGUUCUCUAUCACAUCCAAUUGUUUUAUCCAAGAAGCACAUCGAAAGUAGGUUCAAAAUACAUCAAAAUGGUUACAGGAAAAAGAUCCAAUUUAAUGAUCGAGGGGCUGAAAAAAAUGAAUUAUAAUAUCUAUUGAAAAAUAACGUGAAUCAGUGCUUAUCAGAUCAUGCCAACAACUAUGGAGUAUUCAAUAUAUUCACUUUUGUAAAAUUUAUAUUAAUGGCAUACUUACUGUGAUGUAAUUAAUGCGGUACAUUGAAGUGUAGGAGUCAGUAGUAAUAUGUUAAAUGAUUGUACUAUUGUAUUAAUUAUUUAUUUAUUUUUAAUAAAUAUAUAUAAUUACAGUAAGUGA